AUGGGUUGUACUGGAUCAAUAAGAAAGAAAAAAAUCAAAGAUAGAUCAUCAAGAACAACUUCUAGUUCAUUGCCAUCAUACAAUAAAGAUACUAAUGAAUUGGAACUAGAACUUUCUGAUAGUAUGAUUGAGAAUUUAUUAAAGAAAACAAAGUUUACCAAACGAGAAAUAAUUGAUUGGUGGUAUGGAUUUUUAGCUGAUUGUCCAUCAGGCUCAUUAGAUAAACAUAAAUUUAUUGAAGUUUAUCAAUAUCGAUAUCCAGUUGGAAAAGCAAAAGGAUUUUGUGAUCAUGUUUUUCGGACAUUUAAUCCGGAUAAAAAAACUCAUACUAUUGAUUUUGAACGAUUUAUGUCUGCUAUUAAUGUAACGUUAAAUGGUACUUCGGAUGAAAAACUUGAAUGGGCAUUUGUAAUGUAUGAUAUAAAUGGUGAUCAACGUAUAUCAAAAAGUGAAAUGUCAAAUGUACUUGAAUCAAUGUUUGAUCUAUUAGGAAAAGAUAAAAAAGGUUCGAAUAAUCCCCGAAAACAAGUCGAACAAAUAUUUUCCCGAAUCGAUUCAAAUCAUGAUGAUUAUAUUAGCAAAGAAGAAUUUUUCUCAGGAUGUAAAGCAGAUGAACAUAUUCGAGCAAUUCUUGCACCAUAUUAA